AUGGGUUCUAAGAUGGAAGGAACCUCUACACCAGCUGUUCGACGUGAUCCUUACGAAGUUUUGUCCGUUUCAAGGGAUUCAUCCGACCAGGAAAUUAAAACCGCUUACAGAAAGCUCGCUUUAAAGUACCACCCUGACAAGAAUGCCAGCAAUCCUGAAGCUUCAGAACUAUUCAAAGAGGUUGCGUAUUCUUAUAAUAUCUUAUCUGACCCAGAGAAGAGAAGGCAGUACGACAGUGCAGGAUUUGAGGCCCUUGAUGCUGAUAGCAUGGACAUGGAAAUUGAUUUAUCUAAUCUUGGGACUGUGAACACAAUGUUUGCAGCUUUAUUCAGCAAGCUGGGUGUCCCUAUCAAGACUACCAUUUCAGCUAAUGUUCUUGAAGAGGCUUUGAAUGGCACAGUUACAGUCAGACCCCUUCCAAUUGGAACAUCAGUUAGUGGAAAGGUAGAUAAGCAAUGUGCUCAUUUUUUUGGCGUGACAAUAAGUGAGCAGCAAGCUGAAUCAGGAAUUGUAGUUAGAGUUACUUCAACUGCACAAAGCAAAUUCAAGUUGCUCUAUUUCGAACAAGAUGCAAAUGGUGGCUAUGGUUUGGCAUUGCAGGAAGAUAGUGAAAAGACUGGGAAGGUGACAUCUGCAGGAAUGUAUUUCUUACAUUUUCAAGUGUACAGAAUGGAUUCAACUGUGAAUGCGUUAGCAAUGGCCAAGGAUCCUGAAGGGGCUUUCUUUAAAAGGUUGGAAGGUCUUCAACCUUGUGAAGUCUCGGAAUUAAAGCCUGGCACACAUAUAUUUGCUGUUUAUGGAGAUAACUUCUUUAAGACUGCUAGCUAUACAAUUGAAGCAGUAUGUGCAGAAUCACUUGAAGAUACCACCGAAAAACUUAAGGAUAUUGAGGCUCAAAUUUUAAGAAAGAGGAAUGAGCUACGCCAAUUCGAAUCAGAGUAUAGAAAGGCAUUGGCACGUUAUCAGGAAGUGACAGACAGAUACGCAAAAGAAAAACAGUCUGUAGAUGAGCUUCUGAAACAAAGGGAUGGUAUCCAUUCUACCUUCACCAUUGUUAAGCCAACCAAUAUUAGUGGAAGUGGUAGUAAUUUAAGCAAUGGAAGUUCUAGCAAAAUUUCUGGUGAAGAUUCCAAAGGUGAGAGCCCCGGGGAAGAUGGGUCAGAUGGCAAGGAUAAAUCAGGCAAAAAGAAAUGGUUCAACCUUAAUCUUAAAGUUAAAGGUAUACAGAAUAUGUCUCUUACUACCCAUAUUUUUGCCGUCCAAUGA